AUCAGAGAGCUGUAGACAUCAGGGUCAAAUGUGGCCCUUGAUCAGUGAACCCCAUACAGGGCUGACCUCGUUUAACACAGAGGCACAGCGGGGAAAACAUUAGGAGAAAUGAACGGAGACUUAACGGAGUGCCACAUGAGCAACAGAACAAAGUGUGUCAGAGAAAAAGAGUGUGAGAGAGAGCAUUUUGAGGUACAGACGUAAAUUAUGAUUGGGUUUAAAAAUAUUUUGUUUUCAGUAUUACCUAACUUCUAUCAAACUGUCAGAAAAUUACUGAAGAAUAAAUAUUAUUCUUAGAAUAAAAUAUUAGAUAUAUUAUUAUUCUAAAUAUUAUUGUAAUAUUGUAAUUGGUCCUAUAAUUGACAAACAAUAUUUUUUAGGACCGACAAUCAUUACCAACUGACAUUUUGCUCAUAUUAGCUAGCAGCUUUAUAUUUUUCACUACAUCGAAUUAAACUAAAUUAAAAUAUGAAAUGUUGCCUUUUAUUUCAUUUCAAGUAACGGAAAUGACACUUUCUAUAGACAUUGUAUAUUUAAUAAGAUGACUCCUAAUUUACAUAUUUUAAAGGGGUAAAUUUACAAUACCUCAUUCUUUUUGUGUGUGUAUUUUUAUAUAUUAAAGUUACAUUUUGACAGAACCUCAGGUACCCGUCCACCUGUAGCGCCUCCCCUUAACGCCUGCAAAGCAAUCCCAAAAUCAGGGAGGAUUUGGUCUUCGCUCUUCGGAGUUGAGCUGGUUUGGGAGGAGUCAUAGCCGCUUUUGGGUCUACUUUACAGAGGACGAACCGGAGCUAGGUCUUGGAGCGUUGUGUAACGCAACAUCACGGAAUAAAUUUCCGGGAACACUGACCACGGAUUCUGCUCUGUGUCUUUCACUUCGCGUGCUGUUAGUAGGAAACGGCGUCAAUCGCGCUAUAAUUUAACCAAAUUAGCUAGCGUACAAUGCAAUAGUGCUGCCUAGAGACACGGAUAGAGAUCCAGACAGAUAACCAGAGGGAAAAGCGAGCCCACGGUGGAUACACAAGUUUAGUUGGAUUCGUGUCAAGCAAAAAACAAACCGAGAGAAUGUCCAAACCUAAUUAUACUGGCAUUUACCACAUGGUUUCCCAGGAAAAUUUUGAAGAAUAUCUCGCGGCUUUGGAUGUUAAUUAUGCAUUAAGGAAAGUCGUUUGCAUUCUGAAACCCAGCAAACAUAUUGAGCACAAUCUGAACUCUGGCGAAAUGAAGAUUAAGACGGUCACCACCUUUAGGAACUUUGACAUGGACUUCACUUUGGGACAGGAGUUCACUGAGGACCUGGGACCGGUUGAUGGGCGAAAGUGCCAGACCACAGUGAACUGGGACGGUGAUAAAUUGGUCUGCGAGCAGCGAGGAGAGAAAGAGGGCAGAGGCUGGACACACUGGCUAGAAGGAAACCUCCUCCAUUUGGAGAUGAGGGUUCAGGAUGUCACUGCCAAGCAAGUCUUUAAGAAGGCUGAGUGAGGAGAGAGAAACAGAGGGGCCAUUUGCUAGGGGUUUUGAGCUCAGAUUGUUCUUAGAGCUCAGGGUUCAGAAAAAGGCCAUAUCACAACAGUGAUUUGUCUCUGAGCCACAAAAAGUAGUGUUUAAAUGGAGACUACAAAUGAAGAAAUUGGUUUCACUCUAUAAAAAUGUAUCCGCUUUUACAGCACCGUUUUCUCUUCACAGCUGCAACCAAACCAAAAUACAAAGUUCAAAUGAGAUCACGACAAUAAAGCCCCAUUGCCCUCUGUGAACAUUCAGGAAUGGUACUGUAAUAUAUGGAUCAGGCUGGAUCCAUAGCACCCUAAUAGUGUAUUAUGCAGAUAUGUUUACCGUAAGAAAAAUUAAUGACUAAAUCAGCAAGUGGUUUAGCUAGUCAAGAGCAACUUGAAUUCUUCAUUACUAAAUUACAUUUAAUGUCCAGUGUCCUGCUACUGGAUUGACAAAUAUUAGAAAUAAUGGAUUUGAUAAAUCUACAUGAUAGAAUUUUAAAUAAUUGCUGUAAAUGCAUUGUCUAAAAGUGCUGUAACGUGUGGUCUGAAAUGUCUUGUAGUUUUAUUUGUCCACUCUAGAAUAUAACCAUUUAUAUUACCAUAAAAUCCUGUUUGUUUGAAUGCAUUUCCUAUACUAUACUAAUACCGAUGCUAAUUGCAAUAUUGAUAACAAUGCACUCUAUCUAUCUAUCUAUCUAUCUACACAACUGUUCAAAGUGUGGGCAUAGUAAGAUUUUUCUUUUAAAUUAACAAUUUUAUUUAGCAAGUAUGCAUUAAAUUGAUCAAAAGUGACAGUAAAGAUAUGUAUAAUUUUAGAUUGUUAAACUUUCUGUUCAUCAAAAAAUUCUGAUCAUGGUUUCCGUAAUAAAAUGCAUAAUAAAAAUAAGCAUCACUGUUUUUAACAUUUCUAACAUUAAUAAAAUGUUUAUUGAGCACCAAAUCAA